AUGCCAACAACUUUACUUUCGCCACAAUCACCAACAAAAAUACAGUUAAAUACAACUAUUCAAGAAAAGAACUCUCUUUUAAAUAACAUUGAUACACUUACUAAUAUAGACGAUAUACGUGAAUGUCUACGCUUAUUAGAUGAAGAAGAAACUCGUAUUGAUCAAGCCUUAGAUAAACAACUUGCUGAUAAACUUGAAUUACAAAAUGUUUUAGGAACUUUGGAUAUUCUUAGACCACAAUUAGGUCAUUUAAAAACUGAUUCAACUAGUAUGAUGGAAACUAUAAGUAAUACAGCCAAGUUAGCUACCAAUAUAUGCGAUAAAGUUCGACAAAUAGAUAAAGAACAGUCAAGAACAAGACAAGCGAUUUCUUAUGUGGAAGAUGUACAAGAACUAAAAUAUUGUGUGGCUGGAAUUCAAGAUGCUAUGCAACGAAAAGAAUAUGAUGAAGCUGCUGGUCUAUUACAAAGGGCAUCUAGAAUUGAUACCUCCAUUCUGCAGGGUUCACUAGUGGAAUUUACUGUGGUAAGAAAGAAAAAAAAAAUAUAG